AUGCUCUCCUUUGUCGCUCAAGUCUUGCUCAUUGUCUCAGGCGCACUUGCGAUGCCAGUUGAGAACGUUGGAAACUCAGCAACCGUAGGCAAGAUACGAGGUGUUCGCGAUCCGAUCUAUCAUCUGUAUCUCCAGGCCAACUCUAAAAAUGCAUCCAUACCCGUCCUGGGCCCCGAAACUGCAGCUGACGAAUUUACUAUUGGUGGCACAAUUCAAUCGAAGAAGACAAGUCUGUACCUGAACAUAGCGACCACGUCGACAAGCUACAAGCCAUUGGUAUGGGGGACGGCUGGGGAUACGACAGCAUGGGGGUUGGAGGGUGACACCAUUAUAACUGUACAAGGUAGCAGCUACGGUCGGCCUAAAUUUCCUCGUAUGCAAAUCGACAGACGCAAGUUACUACGACUUGUAUCUUCAGACCGGAAGCGACGUUCCGAGUGGAAGGACGUGCAGCAAUUACCAGACAAUACAUCUACCGUGUCUCUGCUGAAGAUUGUUACUGCUGGGCCACUUGUUGUUGUAGUUCAUGUUCCUGAAAAAGCAGAUACAAAGUAG